AUGAAAAGUCCAAGACAUACCUUACUUGGUAAAUCAAGAUUUUUUAAUAAAAUCUUCGCCAAAAAUAUCAAUGAUGAUUCGAAAGAUAGAGCCAUCACUCGUCGACAAUUAUCACCCACAAAAUACCAUCCGAAUUUUUCAGAAGUCGAAGAUGAAGGUUUUUAUACAGUCGAAGAUUCGGCUACUAAAAUAGAUUUUCUAAUUAAACUUCCAUAUGAAAUCGCUGCAUAUAUACUUGUAUUCGUCAAUUUUCAGACCUUAUGUCGAAUGUCACGAGUGUCUCGUACAUGGAAAUAUAUAUCUCAAGAUAAUGAACUUUGGCGUGGCAUGUAUAUGGCAAAUAAAGGUUGGAAAGCUUCCAUACCGCGCGAAGCAACACUUGCGGGUGAAGUCACUUGGAAGGAUUUGUACAGAAACAGACAUAUUCUUGCAAUGCGAUGGAAAAAAGGCGAUUGUGAAAAGACAUAUCUUAAUGGUCAUUCGGACAGCGUAUACUGUAUACAAUUUGACAAACAUAAAAUUGUAACAGGAUCGCGCGAUAAAACCAUUAAGUUCUGGGACAUUAAAACUGGUGAAUGUUUUCAAACAUUAUUUGGUCAUGAGUUAUCUGUCUUGUGCUUACAAUACAAUGAUAAGAUUAUGGUUUCGGGUUCUAGUGACAAAACUAUUAUUAUUUGGGAUAUGCAGAGGGUUGGUAUGCCAAAGGGUAAUAAUUCUGUAAUUCAAUUACGACGCCUCACGGGUCAUUCCGCAGGCGUUUUGGACAUUUGUUUCGAUGAUUUUUAUAUUGUUUCUUGUUCGAAAGAUAGUACAAUUAAAGUUUGGGAUAUAAAUACAGGUACAUGUCUUCGUACUUUAACAGGUCAUCGUGGACCUGUUAAUGCUGUUCAACUUCACGGUAAUAGGAUUAUAUCAGCGUCAGGUGAUGCUUUAAUUAAACUCUGGAAUUUAGAAAGUGGUGAAUUCCUUAAGGACUUUAUUGGCCAUACAAGAGGGUUGGCCUGUGUUCAAUUUGAUGGCAAAUGGGUAGUUUCGGGUUCUAAUGAUAAAACUAUUAAAAUUUGGGACGUCGAAACUGCACAAUGUGUUCGUACACUAGAGGGGCACACUGAUUUAGUUAGAACAUUACAUUUUGAUGAAGAUAAGAUUGUUAGUGGAAGUUAUGAUCAGACUGUUAAGGUUUGGGAAUUAAAAACGGGAAAGCAAUUAUUGGAUUUUAAAGAAGGUCACACAAGUUGGGUAUUUGAUGUUCAAUUUAGCUCAACAAAAAUUGUUAG